AUGUCCAGCCUGACAGUGUUAGCAGCAAACAACAAUUUCCCUAUCCGGCUGCGAUACUCAGUUGGGCUGGAUAAUGGAGAGUCAUCGACAGGGUCCCAAGGAUGUGUAUCACAUGGGGUAGAGACAGCAUUGCAUGUAUUAAGCUGGAGAGAUGAAACCCGGAGGUUGACACAUAUAGAUUUCCUCAUCAAAAGUACCGUUGAGAAAGGCAGUGGUAACAUCCAUUUGAUGAAUUUGCAUUUUGAAUUGGGCAGCAAGGCUGAGCAUUAUGCGCACACUGUCGUAACGAACAACAGGACUAAAGGUCUCAUUGUCGUCAAGUCCAUGGAUUUGACGAAAACCUUGAACAACAAGCCGUGCUUUCAAAAGAUGAGAAACGGGUUUGGCAGUGAAUACCCAACGACAUCCAAGCGCCCGUCUACCAGGAGGAAGAGAGACCAGCGUCCAGAUUUGGUUAUGUUGAUGGGCGGCCAUUUCGGCUUCCAUGGCAGAGAGCCAACCACUCGAUGA